AUGUCCCUACUAGGGCUACUGGCCCGGAUGUUCCAUUUGCUUGGGGAUACUGCUUCAAAGAAGAACAAGGCAACCCACCAGAUUAUUGUGUUGCAAAUCAACAAUGGCCAUGCCAACUACAACUAUGGUCCAGCAGGAAGACCCAUUGGAUUGAAUCUGCUAAACAGCCCCGAAACCGUUGCAAACUAUCCAGUAGUUUCUUUCAAGACAGCGUUGUGGUUUUGGAUGACACCCCAAUCGCCAAAACCUUCAUGCCACGACGUCAUCACCGGAACAUGGAGGCCAUCGGCAGCAGAUACAGCAGCCUAUUAA